CAAAGCACACUGGAUCAGCAUACCUGAUCCCAAAUACGGUGCCUUCCAGAACUACGCCAUCUGCGAUGCUAUGACCAUCGCCCUUUUACCCGACCAUAUCUCCUUGCGGAGGGUAGUGUCCUUCCUCUAGCGUUAUGUGCUGCUUCGAUGGGAUUGUAUCCACCUGGUCGACUGCAGUUACCCCUUCCCUCGGUGACAAUCACAGAAUCAGUCGGUAAAACCAUUAUCGUCUGGGGCGGAUCGUCGAGUCGUGGGAGUGCCGCUAUCCAGAUUCCGUUGCGUCGAGUGUGACUGCUAUCGCGACCGCGUCGAGUAGAAAUCAUGAACUGGUGAAGGGUCUCGGAGCGACGGCUAUGCUGGAUUAUAACAGUCCGACGAUUGUGGAGGAUCUCGUGAAGGAAGUGAAGAAUGCCGGGGGUGAGUUUGUAGGAGCUCUCGACGCUAUUGCGACAGAGGAAACCGUUAGAGCGGUUGUCAAGGAGGUGGGAAGUGGGAAGGUUGUUACCAACUUACCUUUUCCUGUGAGUGGUAUCCCUGAUGGGGUUGAGGUUGUGGCAGUGAACGACACUUCGUAUAUUGGCGAGAGAGAAGAAAUCGGGGGUCCCAUCUGGGGCCGGUUUAUUCCUGGGGCCCUCAAGACCGGCGUGCCCAAGCCGGUUCCGGGGCGGUUGGUUAUUGGGAGGGGAUUGCUUUGUUGAGGAAUGGUGUGUCUGCCAAGAAGAUUGUUGUCGAGCUGUAGUUUUAUACUGCAUUUUAUGCAUACUAUUCAGAGGAUUCGGCUAUGUUAUAUCUUUACGAUGAUCAGAAGUAGUG